GUCAGUCAUCUUAGACAGAGAUAAAAGACGGAUGUCGCAUUAGGUCUGUAAAACAGAUUGGGUUGGAACAACAAAUGAGAUAGGUAUCUAUACAUCGGGUGGAUUACGAAACUAAUAAACGCGUGGAUAGGGAACGGAAGAAAAACGCCAGAUCCGCCAUGGGACCAAAACAGCUAAGUGAUUUAAGGAAAAGAAAUAGAUUGGCUGUACGAAAUCACCGAAUGGGCAAUGCCAAUGAAGAGAUUGUGGAUGGAAAUAGUACCGUGACUGGGACCUGUUACAAAACAAUGGCUUCACUAGGCAAAGCCAAAUCAAGAGUUAUGAAGGCCCUACCCAAAAGUCCAAGGAAAAGAGUAUCUUUAGUUAAGAUAAUGGCAUGCGAAAUUCUAGAUAUUCAAGCUCGCCUACCAAGAACAAAGGACAGUGUGCCAUCCGAACUGGAGCAGAAAGUGGUUGACUUUUAUGAGAACGACUCUGUCUCGAGGAUGAUGCCGGGUAAAGCAGAUUUUAUAUCACUGAAAGACCUACUUGGCAACAAAUAUCACAAACAGAAACGUCAUUUAGUUACUACGCUAACUGAGACCUACAAGUGCUUCUUGGGAGAUAAUCCUACAGCUACAAGUUUGAUUGGUAAAUCAAAGUUUUCGUCACUUCGACCUAGAUGGGUGCUCUUAUCAUCCCAGAUGCCUCAAAAUGUUUGCGGUUGUAAAUAUCACAACAACAUCAUGCUUCUAUUAGAAUCACUUCAUCGAAGAUACCCAACUGUUGUCCCUUUGUAUUCCAAGACAGAUUUUACAGCCCGUUGUGUUUGUGAUGUCAACAAUGAGAAAUGUAUGUCUAACAACUGUAGUAAUUGUUGCGACGGCAAGUUAUUUGAGAAGAGAUUUAAAAAUGCUGUUCCGGUCGACAAAAAGUUUUCUUGGUACCAGUGGGAAGAUACUGAUGGAUUUGUUCAAAAGGUCAAGAAAGAAAACUCUUCGUACGACGCGUUCGACGAAUUAGCUCUGCAGCUCCCCAAGUUCUUCUGGCACUCGUACAUCAAGGAUAAACAAGUAGGAUCCUAUAAACACACGAAGUCCAUAUCAAAUGGAGAAACCUCAGAGGAGUGUCUGCUCCAAAUGGAUUUCGCAGAAAACUUCACAUGUAUAUGGCAAGACGAGAUCCAGUCCGCCCAUUGGAAGCAACGUCAGGUUACAGUUUACACAGUGAUGAUCACUUACAGAAACGAGAAGCUGUCUUACGUCAUUGCCAGCGAUAACUUAAGUCAUGACAAGAACGCCGUUGUUGCUUUCACUUCUAUCAUGUUCGAUAUCAUUACUGAUAACUUCCCGACCGUUAAAAAGAUUUGCAUAUGGACAGACGGUCCUUCCAGUCAGUACAAAAACAAAUAUAUAUUUACGUUAAUUGCCAAACUUCAGGAACACCAUGCUGUACAGCUGAACUGGAACUACUUUGCAACAAGUCACGGUAAAGGCCCGAAUGACGGAAUAGGUGGAAAUGUUAAGCGUAUCGUCCACAGACUGAUAAUGGCCAGAGCAGCGGUGGUGUACGAUGCACAAACUUUUACCGAAGCAGUUAAAUCGCCCAAGAGUCAAAUAAAUAUCCUUACAGUGACUGGUGCUGAUAUUCUUCAAAGAUGUCAUGUACUUGAAGUUGAUAGCCUGUGGACCGGACUUCAAACAUUUCCGGGGACGAUUUCGACACACUAUGUGAGACCACUUGAAAAUGGAUCAGUUGAAUUGAAGUUUUACACCAGUGAUCCGGAAUCGAGAAAAGUAAAUGCUAAAUACAUCGAUGUAGCACACUGUGUUACAGACAAGGAAAAUAGGAACCACUGAAAGGAGGCAGAUAGAGACAGUCGCGUUUGGAACUGUAAUAAAUGUGGAUGGGGUUAUGGUGAUAAGGGAGACCCAAAAUUAGCAGAGGACUGGAUCAUGUGUCAAGCCUGUAAAUUGUGGUUUCAUGAAUCCUGUGGCGAAACAUAUGGAAUACUUGGCGAUGGUGACCAAUUUACUUGCAGUUGUUGCUUAUGAAUAAAACUUCCGACAUCGCUAUAGAACUAUUUUGAUUUUAAAUUAACUUUAAUCAUAACAGAAAAUAAACUUUUCAUUUGGGAUUAUAAAAAAAGAAGCGCAAUUGUUAAAAUAUAUUUAUUGAAAGUAAACGUCGGUAAACUUCUGCGGGAUGAUUUGUUUAUAAAAAUGUUUUUUUCCUACUUUCAGAGCUAGAUAUUUUUGAAAUAAUCUAAAAUGCACACCAUGAAAUCUUUCGAUUUGUAGAUUUAAUAGUAAACACAUAGUUUCCAUUUGGGUAAUGUCAAAGUGGGUAAUUCCGUCACAUAAUGUUAUAGACCUUAGUUCAUAAAAUGCAUCUGAUAUAAAGAGUCCAAGAGGAUAUUUAAUUAUUCCUCAUAUAUCCCCCAUCUUAUAAAAUCCCCAAUGGAAUAUAUUAUUACUAUAUUUAACAGCCACUGAAUGUUUGAGACUGCACUAUAAGGGGUGUCGUGUAAUUCCGUCACGGUGGAAUCCAUGAUAGCAUCUAUACCGCCCACGAUAAAUACUAAAUAAAUUAUUUUAAGCAAGCUGAUGCCAUAGCAGAUACGCCCACAUUUUUCCAGAGAUAGAAAAAGAACGUGGAAUAUCUAUGGGGCUCAUCCAUUCAUUGUCCAAAUGCUUUAAAUCGAAUUUGACAGAAAAACUCUGUUAAAAACUUGAGCCUCUAUUAUUGCGUCAACAAUUAGGUUUUGUAAAAGAUGGGGGGAAGGGUAAACUCAAAACGGAAUGUCGCGAAAUGCCGAUACCAAUAUGGUUUACCCGCCCAUGGCCGCAUUGCUUCACGCCAUAUUUGAAAUUAAUAAAUUAGUUAAAAUCUU